AUGAUUCCUUAUUAUCGUGCAGUAAUAAAACGUUUAGCUCGUGAAGCAUACGAUCGUCUGCCUCCUUCUGGAUUCCUCGUUAUAGGCGGACAAGAUGUUCGAACAUCAGACAAUAAAUUAUGGCCUCUUAGUAUGCUUUUUAUGGAAGAUGUGAAUAAUUCAGUUGGAGAAGAUAAAAUGCCACUGAAGGAGCUUGUGAUCACUGUACCAGAUGGUUACGCGAAAGAUAAGAAAAAGAUUUGUUCACAUGAAGAUUAUACAGAAGAACGAUGUAUUGUAGAUGAAGAAGAAAAUGCUGUGCAAUUGCCUAUAGUUCAUGCAUGUUAUCUUAUAUUUAUGAAACUUAGAUAA